AUUUCACCGAGGUGCCGUCGUUACUGUUCGUGGUGAGAGCGUUCAUCAUCCCUUCAACCAUCACCGGUUUCAUCUGCAUCAUCAUCUACAUCGUUAAAAUCAUUCUCCUGGUGCUACGCCCAACAUGGCGGCGGAUUCACGUCAAGGCAGCAUAUCUGACGUUUGCCGCUGUCUCAGGUGUCUCUGCUGGUAUAGGUGUCAUAAUUUUUGUCACAAUGAUUGAAGAGCAAAUCUAUGAGCUGUUGUGGGCUCCAGCCCUACCUGGCUCAGGGGGGCUCCUGUUUAUCUUCAUCUCUAUAGGUGGCUACUUAAGUUGGAGGAAUCACUCGACAGAUGAAGAAUUUGACACGAGGUCAGAGUUCAGUGAGAGAGCCUCUGGGAUAUACGAGUUCUCCACGGCAACCAAAAACCAUUCUUUAAAACCAAACGGCAAAGGUUACCAGAGAAGCAUCUCUCAGCAGUCCGGGAAAUCUGACAUUCUUUGACACAACCAGACACCAAGAAGUACCAAACCUGUUGAUAUGAUGUUGUUUUAAAAAAAAAACAUUUUAAAAAUUCAUCGCUUGCAUACCUUGUGUUGGUUGAUUACAACAGUGUGCUAUGUAAAUUUGGUGUAAGAAAUGUGUUUUCACCUUUAGUGAGGUUCUACUCACUUCAUCAUACUUCAAAUACUUUGAACUUUUAGCCUACAUAAACAUUUAAAAUCUUUUGAUAAAGUCAUUUCACUUUGGAAAGAUUGUGAUAGGUUAAGUCAACAAUCAAAGUAAGAUUUAUUUGAUGGAAGAAAUUUUAGAAAAAAGUUACUAACAAGUCCUUAAAAAUAAUUUGAUAAGUUGAUAAACUACAAACAUCUUGUAUUGUUCUGUUUCCCCAUACCAUGCAUGGGAUGAAUUAUUUAUUGACAUCAGCAUUGAUAUUUUGACAAUGUGUAGUUGAAUUUUUUAGCCUCCAAUUCAGUGGAAUAUUUUAACUUCCCAGUAGAAUUUUUGAGCCUCCAGUGGAAUAUUUUAACCCCAAUAGAAUUUUUCAGCCUCCCAUAUAAAGAUGGGACAACCACGGAACAAGUGUGGAGUUCUUUAAACCCCAAUGGUUACACAAAAAAGUGUGUAAAUAUUGACAGUAGCAGAUAUCAUACCAACAGCCAAACUGGCAUGGGCAUUUUAGUCUGUGCUUACAGCUCAUGGAGUGCCAGAUUUUUUUAGUGAAAACAUUCAUGCUUAAAUUUGUUUUCUAAAUAUAACCUUUGUUUGUUGGAAUACAAAAGGUUGGAGUAUAACCAUCUACUAUGUUAUUAGUUAUUUGAUGGCCUAUUCCCAAUUUAAUUUGCAUUUAUUUUUAAAAUUUAAUUUGUCUGUGUAUUCAAAUAAUUAAUGGUAAUGAUUUGCCCUGCUCAUUAGUUAUGUCCUAUAAAAUGUAGCAUUAUAGUUAUAGUAAACUAUUGGAAUCUAUUGACAGAUAUUUUGACAAAUAUAGAAUAGAAAUUAAUUGGUUGCAAAUAAUGUGCCAGUUAUAAUAUUAAUAGUGUCUAAAGGGAGAAUUUGGAAUUUAUAUGUGGUUCAACAGAGAUCUAGGGAAUUUUGUUUGAAGUAAAAUUCUAAAAGGUUAAUGAAUUUUAAGAUUAAUAACUUUAUAUUAAAUCAAUAGAAAGUUGAAAGAGAAUACAUAACUUUUUUAUUUUGUAAUUAAAUUUUACUUUUGAAUUGACCCUGUGGCAUUUUGACAAUGUUGUUUUAAACGUCUUAAAAGAAUGUUUAAUUAAUGCGUAUGUUAUUUGUUUGAGGGACGUUAUUUAUUUUUAGAUUUCUUUUUCUAGUCUUUUACCCAUUAAAUAAUUUUUGUGUUCAGUAUUCUUUCUCUAGGGUUUAUUGUGUUGGUUUAUUUAUCAUAAUCUGUUUAGCUAAAACUGAAAAACAUACACAAUUUUAAAGAGUUUAGUUUAGCCUGGCUUUUGUCUGAGCUGAAUCGAGAAUUUUUUUUUUUCCAAAAUAAAAUACAUAACAAAGCAUACCACGAUAUUCUUAAACUUUAACUUUUAAAAAAUGAACAGCUGUCUUGUGUACAUAUUCAGCUUUGUAUUCUUGCCAUAUAUCAAUAGCACCUAAAACUACAGAUGUUUUAUCUGAAGGCUAAACUAUACUUUUUUCUACUUUAGCUUAAGCUUUGUUGAUAGCAUUUUUCCUGGAGGAAUAGAACUACUAACACAAUUGUAAAAAAAAUAUACUAAUCACACGAAGAGCUGUUACAUUUUAUAACAGCUUUUUAAAAAAAUGUGUAGCAUUUAGUUUUGAUUGAGGCACUCAUUAUUUUUAAAUCUAGCAUUUAGUUUUGAAUAAAGUAAAUUAAAUUUUUUCAGAGGAUGUUGCAUUUAAAACAUUUAUCAUAUCUAGUCAUUGUUUUAAUUCAAUUUUUUUAAUUAAGAUUUUGAAUUUAUUUUAGGUUUUUAAUUUUCAUAUUCUACUAACAUUCCAUUUCCUUUCAACCAUUUCACUGUUUAAUUCAAAGAGAAGCUGGUACUCUUUAGAAAAUAACUUUUUAUUCAUUUAGUUUAUUAUCGAUUGUCUAUUGCUAUACAUUACAAUGUUGUUACACAAUUUCUACUGUCAUUUUCUGCUAUGAUGAACUUCUCCUCAAAAAUUGAAUUUAAAAAUUAAUUUCAAAGGGGAAAAGUUUAAUUAUGCAAUAAUGGACCAAUUAUUACAAUUGUUAGAUAUAAAACAUUGUAAAUAGAUUGCUCUUGUAACGAUAUUUUUGUAUGCUAAAUACUUCUGCUGUAUAUUAAUUAACAGUACUGAGAACUGGGAGUAUAUGUACAUUAACAUAUUUUGUUUUGUAUCUGUUGUUUUAGUUUUUUAUCUGGGUAGAUAUGUUGUAGAUUUUCAUGUGGUGCAAUGGGGGAUUAGAUAGAAGAUAUGAAUAACUGUUAAUACAAGGAUUUAGAUAAACCGUAGAUACAAUACAGAAAUAGAAAUGUAAUUUUGAUGAAUUUACACUGGGUGAAAAAACAUUGAUUGCAUUGACAUAAUAGUGAGAGAUUUUUUUUUUUUAUUAAUAAUUGAGAUAUUUUGAAAUUAUGGGUAUUUUAUUUUACCAAUUUCUUUUAUUACAUAACAUAUUGCCUUACUUUGUUAAUAUUUUUUUAGUUAACAAAAUAUUCUGUUACAUUUAUACUUUGUUGUUAAAAGGAAGUUUUUAACUAAAUUUAAAUUUCUUUAAAAUUAUUUAAUUAAAUUAAGUAAAAAAUUUAAUAACUACUAGUAUUUACCAUGGAUAUUUUGUAUUGUAUGACAAGUUGCACAUUUUAACAUUUUGACUAUCAUUUUAACACAUUUUAGGUUUUUAAUUAGGUUAAAAUACAAUAGUUUUUUAAAAGCAAAUAGUCCUAGUAUAGUAAUAGUUUUCACUUUUUAAAACUGAAAUUGUGAUUUAAUUAGCUGUUGAUUACUUUUCUUUUUAUUUUUGUUACCAGUUCAGCCUUAUUGGUAAAUAUUUAUCAUUAUUUUAUCAUUAUUUUAACAUUGUCCUAAAUAUUUUAUUCAGCUAAAAAACAAAUUGCAAAAAUAAAACAAUUGAGGCAAAUGAAAAUAAAAUAUUUAUCGCCCAAAACUAAAGUUAAACUCAAAAAUUAAAAUGUACAGCUAUUAUUUCAAUUCAUUAAUUAACAUGAACAUUAACUAAUAACUUUUUACUUAUAAUUAUCAAUGUGCUUGUUGCAAUAUGCUUGCUAACUUUAAAAAAUAGGUUUAUAUAGGCUACAACUAUUGAGAUUUUGAAGAAGUCUAAUUAAAGUGUACAAUAGAUUGGACAAACCUGCUGCAUAAAUUAUUACUCCAUGUUGUAACUUGACAUUUGUAACUUGACAUUUGUAACUUGACAUUUGUAACUUGACAUUUGUAACUUGACAUUGUUCUUGUGCUGUUAGAGUUUGUAAAAGCAUUUCAGAAGCAGGCAUAGUCUGCUCGAGAUUUAUGCUUGGUGAUUUGAUUAAUGUACAAGAUUUUGUAAAAUCUGAUCAUCAAAUUAUGAGUAUUCAUAAAUGAGAGAUCAGUUUUAAUUGUUUUUUUUUAGUGAAGUUGAAAUUUUAAAAAGUUGUUUACAAAUUUCCUUCCAUGUUACAAAUUAAUUUUAAAAUUCACACAUGUUCUUGUAUUACAUUUCUUUACUAUAACAAACUGUAAAUAUUGGCAAUAAAAUAUAAUAACAUA